GGUUUUGUAAGUGAUGCAUGUGGUAAACUACUCUGCCCAGUGGAAUGGCACUGGGAGGAUGCACUUGUCAAGGCUGGCAUUCAUGAUCACACCACUGAUUUCAUUGUAUCAGAGAACUUGUGGCCAUUGUUCAUGUAUGAAAAUUAUGUAGCAGACACCAAGAAUCUGGAGCAUGGUCUGAUGAAGUCAAAACUAUUGCUUAUGGGGUUCAAGGCAAUAUUUACAUCUCCCUCCUUAGCCAAUGAAGUGGAUGGCGAAGGUGAUUGCACUGACAUUCUUGAGAACAACCGACAUGCCCAAUGA